AUGUCAUCUAGGUUGAUUUACCGUACGCUUCGACCAGUGCUAUCAUCUUCGGUACAAUCUUCCGGUUUAGGUAUUGGACCGGGAAUAAGGGGACACGUCAUCAGCCAAUUGCACACCGCUCGGUUUUUUAGCUCGGACACGUCAUCUCCGGCGACUGGGAAUAAUAAUAACCAACCGGAAAAUCCUGUCCGAACGGUCGACGGCGAAGUGAUAUCCACUUAUUGGGGUAUACCUCCGGCUAAGAUCACUAAACCGGACGGUUCAGCGUGGAAGUGGAAUUGUUUUCAGCCAUGGGAUUCAUACAAACCGGACGUGUCCAUUGAUGUAACCAAACAUCAUAAACCGUCUAAUUUCACUGACAAAUUCGCAUAUUGGACCGUCCAAACCCUCAAAAUACCGGUUCAAUUAUUUUUCCAGAGGAAGCAUAUGUGCCAUGCAAUGUUGCUAGAGACGGUGGCUGCGGUGCCGGGAAUGGUCGGAGGGAUGCUUUUGCAUUUGAAAUCUCUCCGGCGAUUCGAACAUAGCGGUGGAUGGAUCAAAGCGUUGCUGGAAGAAGCCGAGAACGAGCGUAUGCAUCUCAUGACCUUCAUCGAACUCUCACAACCCAAAUGGUACGAACGUGCGAUUGUGUUCACGGUCCAAGGCGUUUUCUUCAACGCAUAUUUCCUGGCUUAUAUAAUUUCUCCAAAACUUGCUCAUCGCAUAACCGGAUACUUAGAAGAAGAAGCUGUGAAUUCUUACACCGAAUUUCUUGAAGACAUUGAUGCCGGAAAAUUCGAAAAUUCGCCUGCUCCGGCCAUCGCAAUCGAUUAUUGGCGAUUACCUAAAGACGCGACGCUAAGGGAUGUGGUCUUUGUUAUCCGAGCUGAUGAAGCUCACCAUCGAGAUAUCAAUCAUUAUGCUUCGGAUAUACAAUUUCAAGGACGCGAACUCAAGGAAGCUCCGGCUCCGAUUGGAUAUCACUAA